AUGGCGCAAGCGUCCGAUCCAUCGUCGCCCACCCAGCCGCCCUUCGACCCUGUCGACACGUCCACGCCCGACGGCCGCUACAAGGAUGAGGUCGAGUCGCCUAGCGUCUCCAACUCAAAUGCUCUGGCGCGCUUCGAAUUCGAGGCCGGCCAAGGCAGGGAGGGCACCAAGAUCCUCAUGGUCGAGUGGGAGGACGACGAGAAGACCAAAGGCGUGCGCGGCGACUGGCACAUCAGCUGGGAGGGCAAGAGCACCGUGCUGCCAGCCAACGACCAAACACCCAAUGUCAAUAGGCUCUACUUCCUGCUGGCGCCCGGCGCCGCCGUCCCGCCUACCAUCACCCUGAUGCACCGGCCCGCCGACCCCUCGAAGUCACCCACGACCUGGCGCACCAAUCCGCUGCCCGCCAUCUUCCCGCCGGAGCUGGGCGCGAGCGGCAAUGCCGCGGGGAAAAAGGGCGUCCUGCACACCAUCUGGGCCAAGCGCAGGCUGCAGGAGCUGCAAAAGGAGAUUGAGGCUGAGGGCCAGAGCAAUGUAGAGGGCAUCGGGUUCGUCAUGGUUAUGCAGGAGAAGGAAUGGAUCGAACAGAACUUUGGUGUCUCAGCCAGGCCCAGCGUCAGCUUUGCAAAGAACGAAGGCUCUGCGCCGCUGAGCCCAUCGAGCCCAAGGUCGCCGGGCGGAGGGCGGUUGAUGGACAAGCUCAAAGGGCUGAAGUUGAACACGACCGAGAAGGAUUUUUCGACGCGGAAGGAUCCGAGCGAGGGCAUGCCGGCGUUCAACCCCCUGUCACCGGAGUCUUCGGAUGUGGCCGUCUCAUCGUUUGCGACCUUCAAAGGCCUGAGUCCAGCAGAAUUGGCGGCCAAGCCGGCGCAGGUUCCUUCGCAGCCGCAGCAGCAGCAGCAGCAAGACGCUCCGCGGCGCGUGGCAGCCCCAAUCGCGCCGCCGGCGUUUAUCCAACAGCAGCAAUCGUCAGCAAUGGGAUCAUUGGAUGCGUUUGCGGGAGGGUUCCAGCCACUACGGCCACAGGCGCAGGAGAGUCACGAGGAAGAGAAGGACGACUUGUUCGCGGUGCCCAUCAGCCCGCGCAGCCCGGAGAUGAAGACGAGUCCGUUCUCCUUUGCGGCAGCUGACACGGCCAAGUACGCGGGGGAAGAGAAGGCAUCAUGA